GCGCACGUGCGCAGCGGGCCCCGCCGCCGCCAUGGUUCGGUUCAAGAACAGGUAUGUGCUGUGCGAGGUGGUGUCGGAGGACCCGCAGUGCCGGCAGUGCAUCGAGGACCGCGCGGUGGGGCUGGCCGUGAGGGACGCCAUCGGCAGGGUGCACGGGGACUUCGGGCUGGCCUGCUGCUCCAUCUCCUUCACAGUGAAGUACCUGAACGCGUACACCGGGACCGUGCUGCUGCGCUGCCGCAAGGACUCGUACCGGCUGCUCUGCUCUGCGCUUCCCUUCGUGAGGCAGCUGGAGAGCCGCAACCAGCGGUACCCCUGCUUCCUCAACACACUGCACGUCGGAGGUACCAUAAGAACAUGUCAGAAAUUCCUAAUUGAGUACAACAGAAGACAGCUGCUGCUGUUGCUGCAAAGCUGUACAAAUGAAGAGGAAAGACGGUGUGUACAGAAGUCCCUGCUGAGAUGUUCCCUUACAGAAGAGCAGUGUCUAAGUGGAAAUGAAGAUGAUGAUGAUGAUGGCACAGAGACAGACUGAACAUUACUUGUUACUGCUCACCUCUGUCCUCUACUUGUGUGAUCAAGUUAUUCUCAGUGUUAAGCAAAGCAAAGGACAGAAAAGGUGCCUGUUCAUUCCCCCCUUCAAAGUGUUUUUAGAUAAAUUAACAUCAAAUAUAGUUUUUCCUUAAGUUAGCCUUUUGCUUGUUUCACUUGAGUCAAAAUCACCUGCACUCCAAAGGGAGUGUAGCAGCCCAGUGUGAUCUUUGGGCUGAGGUAAAAGUGAGCAUUAGGCAGUUGGCAUAGACAAGGAAUUUAGUUAUUCUUCGGUACCGAAAAAGCAUUAACACCUAACUCUUUUUACUUUCAAGUGCAUGUUAUCCACAGGGUUAUCCAUUGCUUUGAGUUACAAAAGCAUCAGUUGUUACACCAGGAGCAGAGAUCACACAGAGCCCAAGGCAUAGCUGUAAUGCUCAACUCCAACCCAUUACAAAAUUCAUAGGUACAAGUACUGCUUAGAUAUUUAUUAUGUUUACACCAAUCAGUUACAAGAAAGUAGCAUUGCUGGUAUUAUCUCUUGAAUCCAUAGGAAAACAAGAUACAACUUGAAGAUACUGUCCUGUGGAGACUGCACAUGCAGAAGAGACAGUCUUCCUUGCCCACAUCAUUUCCCUUGCUCUAGUGCCUGUGAGAUGCGGAGGCGAGUUACACCAGCUCCAGUUACUCUGUCUCCCUUCCCAUUGCAAAGAAAAGUUGACUAUAAAUGUGCAGAGAUAAUAGAACACAACAGAUACUGGUUAGACACUAAGUAGUUACUCCUGUUCCAUGGCUUAAAAUUGCAAGUACAAAUAGGAACCCAAUGGUACUAUGAAUGCAGUUAACUGCAUACUUGAAACUUUACUUGGUUGCUUUCUUUGCCCUCACCAAGAUUUUCCAAGAGCACAUAAAGCAUUAACAGCAAGAUGUGUUACCACUUGCA